GAGGCAGCCCCGCACCAUCGUCUUCCUCCUCUUAUCCGCACAGGAGCCUCGGACUCGGACACGAUGCUGGCGAUGUCCGUCCACCCCGCCGCCACGCCGGCCCUCGCCUCGCGCGCCCGCAUCUCCCGGCCCAAGCUUUCCGCCGCCUCCCCCUGCACCACCUCCUCCUCCUCCACUCCACGCCUCGUCCACCUCGGCAGCAGGAGGCUUCCCCUUCGCUCGCUCCGUGGCCUCGCCGCCGCCGCCGCUUCUGGCGCCGUCGAAGCGGAGGAGGGAGAAGAGGAGAAGCAAGUCGGAGGUGGGGAUGCGAGCGCCGGCGAGGAAGCGCAGGAGUACAAGGUUAAGGUGCCUGAAAGGCAGGAUCCAAUGCUUGUUCUGAAGUUCAUAUGGAUGGAGAAGAACAUUGGCAUAGCCCUCGACCAGUUGGUUCCCGGCUAUGGCAGCAUUCCGUUAAGCCCAUACUACUUCUGGCCACGGAAAGAUGCCUGGGAGGAGCUAAGAGCAAAGCUGGAGGAGAAAGAGUGGAUCUCUCAGAAACAGAUGAUCAUCCUUCUGAAUCAGGCCACUGAUAUCAUCAACCUUUGGCAACAGGGUGGUGGCAGCUUGUCAACCUAAGAGGAUAUCUCAAUUCUCCCAUCCUUGAGAACCUUGUUUCUUUUUUUCUUGCUUUGGUUACACGGAUCUUUGUUGUUACAUGACCCUGUAGAUCGAUUCAAACUGUUUUCGGAUACGGUUUUGUUUAUGGAAAUGAAUUGUGAUUGAUCUCUGUAAGGUAAACGAUUUGGGCUCCAUCAUCCGCAGGGAAGAUUGCUAAUACCUCUUGAUACUACUA